GGAGUGCGUGCCAAGCGCUCGCCAGAGCACAACUGACUAAAACCAAGCAGGUGGAAGCCAUGGCAAUGGGUGCUGCGGCGACGGCGGCCGCCUGUUUCUCCUCCGCCUCCACAGGCGUCUCUCGCUCUCGUGUCAGGGCGCAGGCGAAGUCGUGGGCCGGAGGGGCAAAGGAGCUGGUGCAGUCCGGCGCGGUGAAGGCCGUCCGGCCGAGGGACGCGGCUGAGGCCAUGAGCGCCGAGGGCUUCCAGCUGCUGGACAUCCGGCCGGCGUGGGAGCACGGCCGCGCCGCUGUUCGGGGCUCCGUCCACGUGCCGCUCUUCAUAUCCGACGACGACAUGAGCCCGGUGACGCUGCUCAAGAAGUGGGUCCACCUGGGCUACAUCGGGCUCUGGACCGGGCAGUCCUUCACCAAGAUGAACGACCGCUUCCUCGACGACGUCGCCGCCGUCGUCGCCGGGAAGGAUGCCAAGCUACUCGUCGCGUGCGGCGAAGGCCUCAGGUCGCUGAUUGCUGUGAGGAUGCUGCACGACGACGGGUACAGGAACGUGGGAUGGCUCGCCGGAGGGUUCAGCAAGUCCGUCGACGGCGACUUCGCCGACGUGGAGGGGGAGAGCAAGCUCCGGUACGCCACCAUCGGGGGAACUUCCUACAUCUUCCUCCAGGUCUUGCUGCUGCUGCAGGUGGUACAGUGAGAAGUUUGGAAUGCAAUGCCAAUAUGCCAUGGCGCUCACACUACUCGA